AACGACGACGAAGUCGCAGUCUCAUCGAAGCCGCGGUGGCGCGCGGCUUGCGCUAGUUGAGCGUCUCUAAACGAAAGAAUACACGUGAAUGUGGGACCACGUGGGUUCCGCGCUUGUUUCUGUGCGAGCACACAACGGAAAUGAACAAAUACUCAUAUUUCUGACGAUGAAAGUCUUCUCGAGUUUUGUGGUCCUCCGUUUAGGAAGGUGUUGAGUUUUAUUCUUCCGUUUUUUUGUUUUUGUUUUUUUUUUUUUUGUUGUCCUUCGACUUUGAGGAGUAAGCUGACCAUUCCAAAAUAGUGGACAUCAGAACAACCGUCAACCUGGAGUCCACGUGCCAGAAACGACGGAAAUGUGAGGCCGACGGGAAGGAGGCGAAGGCCGAGCUAACGGCGCAACGCAGUAUGUUCCCUAGCGCACAAAUUAAGAUGAGAUUGCUGUCGCCAAGCAGUUCGCCGGCCACGUCGCCCACGAUGUCGAAUUCCUCAUCGCCGACACCACCGACGCCAGUCACGCCGGUUUACAAUCAAAAGAUGACGGGUAUACCAUGUGUAGCCGCGGCUUCGAGAUACACGGCACCGGUGCAUAUUGACGUUGGUGGGACGAUAUAUACAUCUUCCCUGGAAACUCUAACCAAGUAUCCAGAAUCGAGACUGGCCAAAUUAUUCAAUGGUAGUAUACCCAUUGUUCUGGACUCCUUGAAACAACAUUAUUUUAUCGACAGGGAUGGUAGUAUGUUUCGACACAUACUAAACUUUAUGCGAAAUUCGCGACUCUUGAUACCUGACAACUUCGCCGAUUUGGAUUUAUUGCUCGAGGAAGCGCGAUACUUCGACAUUGCGCCAAUGUGCAAGCAAUUGGAACAGAUAAAAAAGGAACGAAUAAAGAAUGGCACCGCGAGCUUAUCCUCGACGACUGGUUCGGCUUGUUCAACGGCUACCUCAACCGCAUCGGCAGCCUCGACUAUGACAACGACGACAUCUUCCUCGCCUAAACAAGGCUCCGGAAGACAAAUAGGCAUGCGCGGGAAAGGCACGUCGAGUUGUUCGCUCGACUGUACGGGUUGCUCGAGUUGCUCACCGUGCGAUCACGAGGCCGAAAAAUUUCGCGGUACCGAGGGUAACCGCAGUUACGAAUGCGUUGCCCUACACGUCAAUCCUGAUCUCGGUGAAAGAAUUAUGCUAUCGGGUGGGCACACUCUUCUCGAUGAAGUCUUUCCCGAGGCUAUGCAAGCUGUGAUUAACGCACGUUCUGGUAUUGCCUGGCAUCAACAGGACACCCGUCACGUCAUCAGGUUUCCAUUGAAUGGCUUUUGCAAGCUCAACUCCGUUCAAGCUAUUACGCGAUUGCUCAACGCAGGAUUUCGUAUCGUUGCCAGUAGUGGUGGAGGUGGUGAAGGUCAACAAUUCUCGGAAUACCUCUUCGUCAGACAAUCUGUUAAUACCUGACGGAAAACGAUCCAAUUUUAUCCAAUCAUUUUAUCGAUUUUCACGAUGUCGUUUCUAAUAUCGAAUACUCCAGUGAACGCAACGAUCGAGAUUCAAAUUACUUUCUUGCUCCCCAAUUAUCUGCAAAGCUAAAUCUAUUUUUACGUGGCAAUAAAAAUCGAUUC